AUGGGCAUUUGGCCUUUUCGAAAAAAGAGUAAUCGAAGACCAAAUCGCAGUGGGGUAGAGAUGAACGACGCUAUGCAUGACGAGGCAGGCCUGCAACGGAACCUAGGAAGGCAUAAUGUAGCCGAAAUAAGGGCAACAGCAGCAGACCCAGAACGGAGGAGGAGCCGAAAGGAUAAGAAAAGGAGAUCUUCGAGAGAUUCGAAAAAAUUACAGAGAAACCCUGAAAAGCAGCGCACAUACAGCUUUUCUCCCGGUCGAAACGACAGCAUCAGGGUCCUGCAAGACCUAAACCGACCACCCGUUCCACCAUUACCAUCGUCACUACAGGCUGCUAGCAAGAAACCCAUUCGAGCGAGCACGCAACCCCCAGAGACUAUACAAGACUGGCAGAGGAUGCCAACCCUACACAAGAGGAGCGCUCAAGAUUUGUCGCGUCGCAAGUCAAGCAAGAAGCGGAAGGAGGACCAUGAUAGAGAGGCAGAGAUCAAAGCAAUGGCUGCAUUCAUGCCGACACGUCCCGCAGCAGACUCCAAUUCUGCUGGCAGGCCGAUGAGGAAAGAAAGCAAGAAGAUGCGAGGAGGACUGAAUCGCCACCUUGAAAAUCCCUCCUCAGAUAUAUCCCUUCCACUCGCCGAUUCCAUCCAUUCCUCCCUAUCCUCAAAUUCCGAUCACCGAGCAUCCUACAAAUUGUCCGCAUUCGAUAUGUUAGCCCCCCGACCUACUAUUCGAUAUUCCGAAAAUCCUCGAUAUGGCCCUUCCGCAGGUUCCGAACACUCGGAUUCUAAGAAGAGGAGGACAUCAGAACGAAUACCUGAAGAACUCCUAAAGGCCAACAAGAGGAUAGACGAUCUUGCGGAUGAUCUCGACGCAGGAGAGCUUAGAGAACUUAUGGAGCGGGAUCAAAAGCGGAGGGACAGAAAAAAGCUUGCUGACAGGAUUAAGACUGAAAAGAAGCUUGCGAGGCGUCAAGAAGAGCAGAGAGUAGAAGAAGCCACCGCUGCGCGGGAGGGUACCCCGCCUCCAGUCAAUAUGGAUCGAGGAGUUAUGGGCAGAGACGUCGUUGGGCUGGGAAUUGGAACUUCCGCGGUGAUUACAUCAAGCAAGAGAAAGGGGUCAACAGGAGCAGACAGUGGUCGAGAAAAACGCCCUACGGAAGCAUUCAGACAGGAUACCCAAGAAUCGACCAGAAGUACAUAUCCUAGCGCAAGUAUGGUGUCAGGAAAUUUGACCCCCGGGUCUGAACGUUCAGAUCCUAUCCUCGAAACGGCGAAAGUUGGUACCAUCACCAAGGCUAAUAUUUCCCCCACAUUAUCACCAUCACCACGAGGCCACCUUCGGGGGGCUUCGAGUAUUUCACAGUUAAUGGAACUCAGCAAGACGGAGCUAGUACCACCACCAAAACCACAGUCUGAGCGAAAGGGCUCUGAAGGUUCCGUCAAAGGAACCCAGUCCUGGACAUCAUUCUUCAAAAGAUCAAAGAAUAAGCGAAAUUCGAUACCAGCAUCAUUCUCCAACACAUCACGAGAUUCGAUGCAAAGUGCACCAUACCAACCGAGAGUUGGCUAUACGCCCGUUAAAUCAAAUAUCCCUAAACGGACAAUGUCAAAGUUCAGAGAAGAUCUCCCAGAACUCCCACUGUCACCACCAGAUUCGAGAGUACAAUCGCCGGAGGCUGAUGUUGUACCACCUAUUCCAAUCAGCAAAGUAGCGCAAUCGUUAUCCGAGGAGCACCGUGAGUCUCAUGUACGAUAUGAUACGCCUACAAGUGGAUAUCAGUCUUUGGAGGCAAUGCGUAUGCGUGACGAGACACCUACUAGUGGACAUCGGUCGGUUGAUGCUCCUUCUCCAGAGCCGAUAGCAGUCCUAUCACAGUCACUUGCAUCCAUCGACUCUGAAGGGUCAUGGCUAUCUGGUCGAAAAGGUGGCUCGAAGCGUGGAUCGGCACAAAUGCCUCCCCAUCCCCUUCGUGACAGCGCAAGUUCACUGCAAAAGAGAUACAAGGAGUAUUCUGAGUCUGCUGAAGAGCUCGGUAUUGCAGAAGAUGAAUAUCUUAAUCGACUGUCGCCAGAGGAGCAACAUAAGAUUAACAGGGUGUCCUUUGGAAAUCCUGUUCCUUCUAGUGAUGAUGAGGAUGGUGGUAGUUUAGCAAGUCCCACAAGUCCCACCUCAUCAGAACCGACCACCAAAUGGGGCGCCGCUGUUGGUAGACAACCGACUGUCGUACACCGCGAGCCGCGAGCUAAGUCGAGAGAAGGAUUACUAAAUGACUUUGAAUAUGAUUCAGCCAGCGAGCAUCGCGCAGAUACCCCAGAACCCAAGCGCAAGAGCUAUGGAGUGUCUCAGGAUAUAAUCGAUGAGAACGAGUCUGGUAUACAGAGAGCUACGAGCAUUGAUCUUGGGAGGCAUCAUGCCAGACAUGUCAGUGCUGGCAGUGCGAGGUUGCUGGAACUGAAACCGAGGAACUCGGGAGAGACGAAGAGGGAUUCAAAGAGAUUCAGCCUUGGUUAG